AUGCACACUGUAGCAGUGAUGUGGCUCAGAGAAUAAUCUUCCACGUCACAAGGAAGUACUCGAGCACUCGACAGUGAAUCCCAUAUCCAUCGUAUUUUCACAGAUGUAGGUGGAAUAGUGAAACAUCCAAUCGUAUUUGCCGGGAUACGAAACUAACACAGAUUUUAAGAAGGUGACAUUCAGUAGGAUUCUUCAAAGAGUGACGCAAAACUACCGGCGCAAUGACGGCUGCAGAGAACGUUUGUUAUACUCUGAUCAACGUUCCAAAUGAUUCGGAGCCCCCAUCUGAAAUCAGCCUAAAAACUGAUCUAGAAAAGGGGGAAAUCAAGUCUAAGACAGAAGCUCUUAAAAAGGUGAUCAUCAUGAUAUUGAAUGGCGAGAAGUUGCCAGGACUGCUGAUGACCAUCAUCCGCUUUGUCCUGCCGCUUCAAGAUCACACAAUCAAGAAGCUUCUGCUGGUUUUUUGGGAAAUUGUCCCAAAGACAACAACAGAUGGAAAGCUGCUGCAGGAAAUGAUUCUGGUCUGUGACGCCUACAGAAAGGACCUGCAGCACCCCAAUGAGUUCAUCCGGGGCUCCACCCUGCGCUUCCUCUGCAAACUGAAGGAGUCUGAGUUGCUGGAGCCACUAAUGCCAGCCAUCCGUGCCUGCUUGGAGCACAGACACAGCUAUGUGCGACGCAAUGCUGUCCUGGCCAUCUACACUAUCUACAGGAAUUUUGAGAAUCUCAUACCUGAUGCUCCAGAGUUAAUCCAUGAUUUCCUUGUAAAUGAGAAGGAUGCCAGCUGUAAAAGAAAUGCCUUCAUGAUGCUAAUUCAUGCUGACCAGGACAGAGCUCUGGAUUACCUCAGCACCUGUAUCGACCAAGUUCACACUUUUGGUGAUAUUCUCCAGCUGGUUAUUGUGGAGCUGAUAUACAAAGUGUGUCACGCUAACCCCUCAGAGCGCGCCCGCUUCAUCCGUUGCAUCUACAACCUGCUGCAGUCUUCCAGUCCGGCCGUCAAGUAUGAGGCUGCAGGCACACUCGUCACCCUGUCCAGUGCCCCAACAGCCGUUAAGGCUGCCGCCCAGUGCUACAUUGACUUGAUCAUCAAGGAAAGUGACAACAACGUGAAACUGAUUGUGCUCGACCGUCUCAUCGAACUGAAGGAGCAUCCCACUCACGAGCGCGUGCUCCAGGACCUUGUAAUGGACAUCUUGCGCGUCCUUGCCACCCCAGACCUGGAGGUGAAAAAAAAGACCUUACAGCUGGCAUUGGACUUGGUCUCUUCCCGCAAUGUUGAAGAGUUGGUGAUAGUGUUGAAGAAGGAGGUGAUAAAGACCAACAACGUAACCGAGCACGAGGACACGGAUAAAUACAGACAGCUGUUGGUCCGCACUCUCCAUUCUUGUAGUGUGCGCUUCCCAGACAUGGCAGCCAAUGUCAUUCCAGUGCUGAUGGAGUUCCUGAGUGACACCAAUGAGGCCGCGGCGGCCGACGUGCUGGAGUUUGUACGAGAGGCCAUUCAGAGGUUCGAGAGCCUGAGGCCCCUCAUCAUUGAGAAGAUGCUGGAAGUCUUCCACGCAAUCAAAACUGUCAAAAUCUACCGAGGUGCUCUGUGGAUCCUGGGCGAGUACUGCAGCACCAAGGACGAUAUCCAGAGUGUGAUGACGGAGGUCCGCAGGUCGUUGGGCGAGAUCCCCAUCGUGGAGAACGAGAUCAAGAGAGAGUCUGGAGAGGUGAAGGCUGAGGAGGAGGUGAGCGCAGCUCCUGCCCAGAAGCUGGUGACGGAGAUGGGCACCUACGUGACCCAGAGUGCCCUCAGUUCAUCACGGCCCUCUAAAAAAGAGGAGGACAGGCCCCCUCUCAGAGGCUUCUUGAUGGAUGGGGACUUCUAUGUGGCAGCCUCUCUGGCCACCACCCUGACCAAAUUGGCCUUGCGCUACGUCAUCAUUGUUCAAGACAAAAAGAAACAAAACUCGUUCAUUGCCGAAUCCAUGCUCAUCAUGGUCACGGUGUUGCACUUGGGCAAGUCCUCGCUGCCCAAGAAGCCAAUCACAGAUGACGACGUGGAGCGCAUCUCGCUCUGCCUCAAGGUGUUGUCAGAGUGCUCGCCGCUCAUGAACGACAUCUUCAACAAGGAGUGCCGUAAAUCGCUGUCUCACAUGCUCACAGUCCGGCUGGAGGAGGAGAAACUGUCCCAGAAGAAAGAGUCUGAGAAGCGCAACGUUGCGGUGCAGGCAGACGACCCCAUCUCCUUCAUGCAGCUGACGGCCAAGAACGAGAUGACCUCCAAGGAUGACCAGUUCCAGCUCAGCCUGCUGGCUGCCAUGGGCAACACUCAGAGGAAAGAGGCUGCCGAUCCCCUGGCCUCCAAGCUCAACAAGGUGACCCAGCUCACAGGCUUUUCAGAUCCUGUCUACGCCGAGGCCUACGUUCAUGUUAACCAGUAUGACAUUGUGCUGGACGUACUGGUGGUCAACCAAACCAGUGAUACUUUACAAAACUGCACCCUUGAGCUGGCUACUUUAGGGGACCUCAAGUUGGUGGAGAAGCCGUCCCCUCUGACGCUGGCCCCCCACGACUUUGCCAACAUCAAGGCUAAUGUCAAGGUGGCUUCUACUGAAAAUGGCAUUAUAUUCGGCAACAUUGUGUACGACGUGUCCGGUGCAGCGAGUGACAGGAACUGCGUGGUCCUCAGCGAUAUCCACAUCGACAUCAUGGACUACAUCCAGCCAGCAUCCUGCACCGACGCAGAGUUCAGACAGAUGUGGGCCGAGUUCGAGUGGGAGAACAAGGUGACGGUGAACACCAACAUCACGGACCUCAACGAGUACCUCCAGCACAUCCUGGGCUCCACCAACAUGAAGUGCCUCACCCCCGAAAAGGCACUUUCUGGCUUCUGUGGCUUCAUGGCGGCUAACCUGUAUGCUCGCUCCAUCUUUGGAGAGGACGCCUUGGCCAACGUCAGCAUAGAGAAGCCCAUCCACCUGGGACCAGACGCGCCCGUCACCGGACACAUCCGCAUCAGAGCCAAAAGCCAGGGGAUGGCUUUGAGUCUGGGCGACAAGAUCAAUCUCUCCCAGAAGAAGACGUCUGUCUGAAAAAGCCAGGCCUGCUGAAUCCUCCAUUCCUUCUGGAUUCAGUGCUCCUCAUUUACCACCCCUUGAUCAUAGUGAAGUAAGAGUUAAAGACGUGCUCAUUGAUCUUUGCCGUUUCCACUUUAUUUCUCCCUUCUCUGCCGUAUGUUAACUCUUUAUUAUCUUACACCAAGUUAUGUCCCUUGCCCUGUCCUGCCUGUAAUUUUCAAUAAACAUAUAUAUUUAAAAAAGUA